AUGACCCCCGCCGCCAAGAAGUUCUUCCAGAAGGUCCUCGAGUCGCCGAGCCCCUCGGGUUACGAGCAGCCCGUGCAGCGCGUCGUGCGGGAGUACGCCGGCACGUUCGCGGACGAGGUCCGGACCGACACGCACGGCAAUGUGAUCGUCUCGGUGAACCCGGGGGCGCCGCUGCGGGUGAUGUUCGCGGGGCACGCCGACCAGAUCGGCUUGAUCGUCACCUACAUCGACGAGCAGGGGUUCGUUUACUCCAAGCCGAUCGGCGGCUGGGACCCGCAACAGCUUAUCGGUCAGCGGAUGACGAUCCACGCGGAUGGCGGCCCCGUGCCGGCGGUGAUCUCACGCAAGGCGAUCCACUUGCUCGAUGAAGAAGAACGCAAGUUGGUCGUCAAGCAGAAGGAGAUGUGGCUCGACAUCGGCGCGCGGAGCCAGGCCGAGGCGCAAGAGCUGGUGGAGAUCGGCGACCCGGUGACGCUCGAGCUCGGCUACAAGGAGAUGCGCAACAACUUCGCCACCGCGCCGGGCAUGGACAACAAGACCGGCAUGUGGGUCUGCAUCGAAGCCGCCCGCCGCGCGAAGGAGCAAGGCGGCCUCAACGUCGCGGUGCACGCCGUCGCCACCGUGCAGGAGGAGAUCGGCCUCCGCGGCGCCACGACCAGCGCGUUCGGCAUCGACCCGCACGUCGGCGUCGCGGUCGAUGUGACGCACGCCACCGACUGCCCGACGAUCGACAAGACGCAGGAGUCGGACAUCAAGCUCGGCCACGGCCCGGUGCUCUCGCGCGGGCCGAACAUCAACCCGGUCGCCUUCAGUCGCCUGCGCGCAGCGGGCGAUUCUGCCGACCUGCCGAUGCAGUGGGCCGCGCUGAACCGCGGCGCGUCAAACGACGGCAACGUGCUGCAACUCACCCGCGCCGGCGUCGCCACGGGCAUCGUCGGCAUCCCGCUCCGCUACAUGCACUCCGCGGUGGAGAUCGUCUCGCUCGACGACAUCGACAACGCGGCGCAACUGCUGGCGGAGUUCGUGCUGCGGCUGGAGCCGGACGCUGACUUCACGCCGCAGUAG